GCUAACCCUAACAGGCGACAAAUCGCGAAAACACAAGCGCCGCAUCGGGUGCGACACCUAGCGUAUACUCUGUUGCCAACAAGGCUUAGCUCGGUUUUUUUACCGUUCCCUGACGCUGUAGAUGUAUCCGUCGUUAAUUUGCGUCCCUUCUUGCUGUCCGCUACUUCACCUUUGGUUUAUAUUCUUGUCGGGAACAUCAUCGUGAAAUCUGACUUGUGCCGAUCUGUUCACGGUAUCCAUGGAUGAACCUUCAAGCAAUAAUGAGAACUUGGUGAUGGCCUGGGACAUUCCACUUGUAUCGCAUGAGCUGACCGUUGUAACAGAACCGGAUGACCCUUCUGACAGCCCACUAACUCAAGAGAUUCAGUUGACAAUGCCGAAGCCAGCAGAAACAUCUAAAGCGAAGAAAACGCCACCAGCGUCAAGUGGGGUGUCUCUCUUGGCCAGACCUUCACCCACAGAGAAACUCGGUGAAAAGAUUGCUUCACCAACAUCAAAAGUGAACUCAAACUUUCCAAAAGGAACGAUUGUGACCCCUGUUGCACCUGCACCAGACAUAAGUGUCAGUGAGAUUGGCAGUGGAGGUAGUGUCUCUGGGGCAUUAUCAAACAGCUUUGCGCCAGUGGUGCCUGUAAAACUAUGGCGUAACCCAUAUGCAUCAGUCAGUGAUGUACCCCCAGCACCAAUGAUUCGUGUGAACAAGCCUUGUACAUUGCAAGGCCCGCCAGGUCAGUUGGAGGCAAAUUUGGGCAAGCCAUCCACACUGCCAGUAAAUAACGAAAGUAGUAUGCACUCCAGUGCGGGCAGGAAUGCUGACACUAUUCUCGUUGUCAAGAAGAUGCAGAAUGGCAGGACUGUGAUAACAGCACAACCGGCAAAAUCUGGCGCCAAGGGGCUAAGCUGUGGUGACAUGUCCCAGCAACGUUCACCCUGUCACGUAAGUGGGGCCUUGACUAAAAUGACGGGAAGCACCGUCAAGCCAACAACACCUGUAAAUAAUUUUGUGAAGGUCACUGCAAAUGCUCCAAAAAUGGCAGCUGCAGAGCCCAUGCAAGCAAACAUUUCUCACCCACACCUGUCCGCUGUAGCCAUCCCAACGGUAAAGUCACAAGGGAGCCCUAGAGACAGCAGCAGUCAGACAACUGGGAAAGUGACUAAACGCUUGACUUCCGUACAAAGCAGGCAUUCUCCUGCAGUCGUCCGCAUAACACCGAUACAAGGCUCCACUUCGGGCAAGACAAUUGUUGUGGUUCCAUCCCAAGGAGCAACAAUGCCCAUGAAUCCUGCUAUGAGCAGAAACCAUGUUUCGCCCUCUGCCUUUAACAAGCCAGUGGAUGUGGGGAGGCUCGCAGGGAAGCAGGAAAGAGUUGCUGGAGGAGUGCAGGAUGUAAGCGAAACAACACAUACCAUUGGAUUCGCACCUGGACAACAGCAAGACGAGGAUGGCUGUGGCAUUAAGAUUUCAGGCGUCAUCAGCUUGGCUGGAAAGGAGGGCCUGACUUUUCCUGAACUAGCAGUCCCACAAAAGACUGCAGAAAAUGAAUCACCUGAUGCCAUUGAUACGAAGAGUGGUUGUGAGACCAACCAGAAGCUUUAUACAAAUGAAGAUGGGGAAACUUACUCAAAAUUUGAGAUGCCUCCACUCUCAUCAUGCAAGCUUAAUGUGGGGGCAAAUGGGUCAGGUGGUGAUGUUAUCGAGCUGUGUUCAUUCGAAGCAAAAACAGGAAAUUCUGUUAUUGGAUCACAAAUUGUGUUUAAACCAGCACCUGUUGCAGGCAACACAAGCGGAAGCACUUGUCCAAGUUCUAAGCUUGACAUGUUAAACAAGCUGAAAGAGGCCAUCAGGUUGCUUGAAGAGCCUACACUUCAGAGUUGCAACUUGUUUAACGAGAAAGAAAAGAGCUUGCUGAAAUCUUUCUUACAUCGUGUCGAAAGUGAUGCCCAGGUUUCAGAAGCAAGCGAGAACGACUCAAAACAAUGUUCAAGUGAUCCUGAUUUAGCGGAUGCAGGGAAGUCUCAGAAAAUUUACGGUAAUGUUAGAAUAAAAACAGAGCCCAAAGUUUCAACUGCCACCCAUGUUCAAGAGCCAGGCCAAAGGGACCCUGAACAAGGUUCAAGUGGUCUGAAUGCGCUGAAUGUUGGGAAGUCUCAAAGCAAGUCACUGAAAGUUGACAAUAAUGUUACUAUAAAAGCGGAGCCUGGAGUUUUAUCUGGUACCGUGGCUUUAAAACUGUACCAAAAGGACCCUAAACAAGGUUCAAGCAGUUUCAACACAAUAGAUGCCGAUAAGAUUCACCACAAAUCAUCACAAGGUCAGAGCAGAGAUAACACAAAAACAAAAUCUGGACCUGAAUCUCCGCAACACUCACUGCCCAGUUUCAAGAAUGAAGGUGCAGCAGUGCAGCAAGACAGUAUCCCUCAUAAACCUCUCCGUCGUAUUGUCAUAACUUCAGAUGAGGUUCCGCUGAUCAGCUCCGAUGAAGUGAAAAAUGGACUUGAGGCAUUCCUUGUUAAGAACAACAUAUCGAACAAUUUUUCCAAAGAUGAAAUUAUUAAGCUGCAUUGGGAUGGAAAAGAUGUGAGCACAUUUCACUUUAGAGAUAUAGACAGUGAGGAGCUGCAGGAGCCACCCAUAGCGAUUCCAAAAGCGAACAGGCCUGCUAUUCUCAGGCCUGUGAAGGUGGCUCAACCUGCAGAGGAUAGUGGCACUGCACCUUUUACGACUGCCACGGAGACGAGCAGCAAGCAAACAGUUUCUGAACCAGUGCUUUCUAAGGCUGAAAAAGUUGUGGAAGAGUUGACGAUUCCCAUCGAUGGGUAUGCAGUGCCAGCCGGCUUUAAGGCAGUCAAGCUAAGUUGCCGCGCAGAUACCGGAGAGAUGGUGCAGCGUGUUGUCUUGAAGUCAAUGAAACCUAUUCGUGUCGUUAACAGUACCACACAUCCUGAAAAGCAGAUUGGCUUCUUGCCUCGUGUAAUUCGAUACAUAAAUGAAACCGGGCAAAUUAUCGAGAAGCUUGUGAACCCACAUCAACAGAUUGUGCCAUUUCUGGCAUCCACACCAGCUGUGAAUAAGUCUACGCCUGUAUGCGCUGCAAAUGUACCCACCCAUGGCACACCAACAACCUCUGUUUCAAGGCUGACCAGCCUCAUUAAACCACCUGCUGCUGCUGCUGCUCCUACUCCUGCUAUAGUUCCUGUAGAAUCAGUCAAGAACUUCCUGUCUGAAGUGGUAACCAGCAAUAACACCUCCAAUUCACUAAUCAAGCGACCAAAGCUCAUACCUCUCCCAUUAGCACCAACAGUGGGUUGCCUUGGCAGCACCAUGCCUGUUACAGCUUCGAAAGUAAUUAGAGUCAAGCGCCCACCUUCAGUGCUGCUUGGGCCUCAGAGUUCAAAGGCUGUUCUACCAGAAAGUGCAGUGUGUUUCCAGGAUGACCUUGCACCAGUAGCAUCAAAGCCCGAGACAUCUGCUGAAGCUGAUGAUGCAGAAAGGAUAUUUGAGCCAGAAUGCCUGCUUGAGGUGUCCAACAAUACAUUGGAAGUUGAAUCAUUGAAGAGAGAAGAACUGAAUGGUGACACUUCGUCUGACACUUCCAGCACAAGCAGCUCAGAUGCUAGUGAUAACUAUGUUCCGUCAGUUGUAAAUCGAAAAAAAGAAGUGCAGCCAGCACCGAAGCGUUCAGCCCCCAAAAAAUCAACUGUUUUACGGGAAUACAGAACACGCAGGCGAAGGCAGUGCAGGAAACAAAACCCUCGUGUGGUAGCUCCAUCUUCAAGUGUCAAGUGCAUAGCAAGCAAGAAUGAUGAUGUAAAUGUGGCCAUGAUGUCGCCAAACUGCAUAGACAGGCCAUGUGUUGUGAGCAUGUAUCACCUAAAUGACCAUGUUCUUGCGAAUGGCUUUGUGAACCUGACUUCUGUGAAGCAUGAGGACCUCUUUCUGUUGGCAUCAAGCCCAGUGGUGAAGUUGUCGUCAGACAAGGUGGUCUCAGUAGUUGAAGUGAAGCCCCGAGCAUCGGACAAUCUGCAGCGGAGUGCAGAGGUGUCCACCAUUACAGAUACAGACAAUUUGGAGCGUUUGCUGAGAGAGCAGCAGAAUGAACUGGUACAAUUGCGCAGGAAAUACAAGAAGCUAAGCACUUAGCUUUCUUAUUCACGUCUACCUUAAACAGACCGAAAGUGGUUAAUGUACAGGAUAAUGAAACCACAUCGGAUUUUUUUUUGUUCCCCCAUACGGCAGUGUCGUAGACGAGCGCCAGCCAAGCUCAGUGUUUUACGCCAAUGACUCGGUGAUUUUUAUUUAUAUUUGAAAGUAUUCCUACAUUUGUGCUACUUGCACUAGUUUGCAGUGUACAUAACUGCUGUGUGCAGUGGCACUGUCAGGGUCACUCGCUAACCACACUUACCCAUCAUUGUUUAAUAAAGCAUUCUGUCAUCUUG